AUGAAAGUUCUCAACAUACUCCCCGCUGCCGCCUACUUCUUUCUCUUCGUUAUGCUCUCAUCGAACGAUUUCAACGAGCGACGAGCGAUGGUGCAGGCCCAAGAACCGCUGUUCGAGCUUCCGGUGCAAUUGAUCGGCUUCCCCGUGAUCAUACUUUCCGUCCGGCUGGCGAACUUCGCCAAAAAGUUGGCCUAUUCGCUGAAUCCAAAAACCUACCAAUCACGCAGCCGACGUGAAACGCUUCCCGGCACGACGCUCGAACCGGAAGAAUUCUCGCGCAUGGCCGUCGAUGUGGUGCAGGCGGAGAGGAAAAUUCUUCAUGAGUUCGGCCCCAAGGCGUGCAUCGAAGAGGAACCGUGUCGAAUCCAUGCCGUUCGCAGCGCACGAAUGGACAACUACCAGCCGGAUUGGGAUGACAUCUUGAAAAAUUACAAAACGCAGACCACUGGCAUGAAGCAAUGGUACUUGCUGUCUGUUUUCCUAGGGGAUUACUUACGCGACGUGCACUUCUGCAAGCAGCUCGCCAAGCGGUUAGACUGCCACCGAAACCAGCGUCCCUUCUUGCGAGACUGA